GGGGCUCGGAGCAGGCCGAGGGCUUGUUUAUUGCACGGGGACUCCGCAGCUCCCCUGGCGGCCCAGCCCGUGAGAGUGGGAGGGGCUGCCGAGCGGAGGACCCCCCCGGGGGGCUCCAGCCCUCGCCUCGAAGCGGAGCCGGAAGAGGGGGCGACCCGCUGCCUGGCCGCCUCCCCGCCCCUUUCCGCUAGGCUUUUUCGGUCCCUCGGUGAGGCGGCGGCGGGGGCUCGGCCGGGGCGUUGCCAUGGAGACGCGGCGGCGACGGCUGCUGCUGCUGCUGGGCCUCUGGGGCCUGGCGGCGUGGGGGGGCCUGGCGGCGGCCGCCAACCGCCCCCCGACGCCGACGCCCAACCUGGUCCUGCUGCUGAUGGACGACAUGGGUUGGGGUGACCUAGGUGUGUUUGGAAACCCUUCCAAGGAAACCCCUAAUUUAGACCAGAUGGCUGCAGAAGGGAUGCUGUUGCCCAGCUUCUACACCGCCAGCCCUCUUUGCUCGCCAUCCAGGGCAGCGCUCCUGACAGGCCGUCUCCCUAUAAGGAAUGGCUUCUACACCACCAAUGCCCAUGCCAGAAACGCCUACACGCCCCAGGACAUAACGGGGGGCAUCCCGGAUUCCGAACUCCUCCUCCCAGAAUUGCUGAAGAAAGAAGGCUAUGCCAAUAAGAUCGUUGGCAAGUGGCACCUGGGCCAUCAGCCUCAGUUCCAUCCCUUGAGGCAUGGAUUUGACGCAUGGUUUGGAUCUCCCAAUUGCCAUUUUGGACCGUAUGAUAACAAAGCCACCCCCAACAUUCCAGUAUAUAGAGAUGAGGAAAUGAUUGGCAGGUAUUACGAAGAUAUAAAAAUUGAUCGUAAGUCGGGGGAAGCAAACCUAACUCAAAUGUAUUUACAGGAAGCCCUUGAUUUCAUCAGUGGUCAGCAAGCCAGCCGCCAGCCAUUCUUCCUCUAUUGGGCGAUUGAUGCCACUCAUGCCCCCGUGUAUGCCUCCAGGGACUUCCUGGGCACAAGCCAAAGAGGGCUGUAUGGCGAUGCUGUGCGAGAAAUUGACUACAGCAUUGGAAAAAUUCUUAGGCACCUUCAAAAGCUGGGCAUAAGCAACAACACCUUUGUGUUUUUUACAUCGGACAAUGGGGCUGCCCUCAUUUCCGCCCCAGAACAAGGGGGCAGCAAUGGUCCUUUCCUAUGUGGCAAGGAAACGACUUUUGAAGGUGGCAUGAGAGAACCAGCAAUCGCCUGGUGGCCAGGACAUGUACGUGCAGGACAGGUGAAUUAUCAGCCGGCCAGUGUGAUGGAUCUCUUCACCACCUGCCUCUCCCUGGCAGGGCUGCAGCCUCCCAACGACAGGCAGAUCGACGGCAUUGACCUCCUGCCUGUCCUCCUGCAAGGCAAGUCAAUUGACAGGGCAUCGAUUUCUGCCCUGGGCAGAACGUUUCUGGAGUCACCACCCAUGACCAAGAAGAACACUCCAAGCUCCCGCUGCUGUUCCACUUGGGAAGGGACCCCGGAGAAAAGUAUCCGAUCAGCUUCUCCAGCGCUGAAUACCAAUCUGUUUUGGAAAGAAUUUCUCCCGUUGUCCAACAGCACAAGGCAACACUGGUGCCUGGGCAGCCUCAGCUGAACGUCUGUGACAAGGCGGUCAUGAACUGGGCUCCUCCGGGCUGUGAGAAGCUGGGGAAGUGUUUGAAACCUCCCCCUCCCGACCCAAAGAAGUGCUUUUGGCCUCACUGAGUGCCUGGCCUUGGCAAGCCCCACUCGCCGCUGUCCAGCAGCUGGGGCCACCCAGCCCUGGGGAAGGUGAGGCCGGCUGCUGCUGCUGCUGCUGCUGCUGCUGCUCGUUCAGAAGAAGGCAUGGCAAGGAUUGUUUCAGAAGGGCCGCCUUGGCCCGUGGGUCUUCGUCCUUGAUCUCGGGUGACUUUAAUCUCUCCAAACUGAGCCCCUCAGGAGAUGCGGGAGUGCUCCUCACCCUUGCCAGCUGCAAGCUCUCCUCUCCAAGAAACCGCCUCCCCUGAACCGGUUGCGAGGCAGAAGGGUGUGCGCACCCGGAUCGGAGGGGGCAUCUUGGUGCCACCAGAAGGCGUGCGGGUUCCACAGCUCCAGCAGAUUUACCAUGCUGGGCUCCAUUGUGCAGGGGAACGUUUGAGGACCACGACGUGAUCCCACGGGGCGUGAGGUUGCUUCUGCAAGAGGAGCCCCGGCAGUGCUUGUGGGGUGUAAGAGCGCAGCUGGGGGGCACAGAGGAAUCAGGCUGGAAAAGGGUUGUGGAACCACUGACUGAGGAAGCGACUCGCCUGUCCGUAGCUCCUUACAGUGGGGUUUCUCAACCUCGGCAACUUUAAGAUAUGUGGACUUCAGCUCCCAGAAUUCCCCAGCCAGCGUAUGCUGGCUGGGGAAUUCUGGGAGUUGAAGUCCACAUAUCUUAAAGUUGCCGAGGUUGAGAAACACUGCCUUAUACCAACACCAAAAUGGGACCUCGUCAUUCAGUGGCAGUGUGGCUAUGCAGAACAGAUGCUCAAGAAUAAGUUAGAAGGCAAGGCUGCGCCUGCCUUCUUGUCCACAGACCAGUGCCAUCGAAACCCCUGGCUCGCUCAUGGCAAGAGCCAGAAUUCUGGGGCUUUUACUCUAUGCAACAACCAUGACUAACACCCUUUUCAAGAUGCAGGUCCCCAGUAUUCCAACCCCUCGCUUCUCGGGAAGUGCCAAAUCCUUCCAUGAAGGAGCUACUGUUACUGUGUUUUUUUUUUAAAAAAGGAACUAUUCUGACAGAAUUAGUUUUAUAUCUGUUGAUGCCAAUUUUUAAGAGAUACUGCUGUGCAAUUGUAAGAAAUGAAGGCUGAUAUAAUAUUUGAGUGGUGUCACCGUGUCUUUUCCUGGAAUUCUUUGCCAAAAUAAGGCAAUGGAUGCUAGAAGUCCCUGCUUUUGAAACGGAGACCUUGACUUUGGUGCUUGAACACUCCAAGAUGCCGGGAAAGGCAG